CAAAAUCCCCAACUAUGAAAUCGAAGUGAAAAAUAGUGUUAUUAUUUUCGUUAACAUGUUUUGUGAGUGAAUAAAAUAUCUGUAUAUAAGAAAAAUAACAAAAUUGGCAAUUUUUUGGUUUCUUUGAAAAUGUUCUUCCGGGUUUUCGAUUAUGGAGUGUUGGCAAUCGGUUUAUGUUUGCUAAGUGUAUUGACCAAAACGCAAAUAAUUGGAAACAGGAAACCAGAAAGAGCAAAUUUUGUCAAGAGUAAUGCGUCCCGGGAACACACUCUCUUUCGAUACCCACGUCAAACCAGCAACGUUCGAAGACAAUUUAUCUACCCCAGUUCCUUCAGGUUCCCAUGUGCCAACAGUACAUCUUUCGGAACUGGCAGAUCUUUCGUUAAACCAACAAGCGUUCACCGCCUGCGACCCGGAGACAUAGACGUCGUAGGUGCAAUGGGUGACUCCCUAAUCGCCGGGAAUGGUGCUCUUGAAGAAUGGGCUUUAGGUACCAUGAUCGAAUAUCGAGGAGUUUCCUGGUGUGCAGGCGGUCAAGGUACUUGGAGGGAGUUCGUAACACUGCCAAAUAUUCUCAAAGAGUUCAACCCUAACUUGAAAGGUUUCUCAACCGGAACUGGUGAAUUUUCGUCGCCGAAUUCACAACUCAAUGUGGCUUUUCCUGUUUCUGCCGACGCAGAUGCUUUGAAGCAAGCGAAGGUUUUAGUUAACAGAAUGAAGAAAAAUCCUAGGAUUAAUUUUGCAGAAGAUUGGAAAAUGGUGACGAUAUUCUUUGGUGCAAACGAUAUUUGUUCUGGACAGUGCUACAACCGUGCUGAUUUUUCGCCUAAAAUGCACUACAAAAAGUUAAUGGUAGCUUUAGAUUACUUGCAGGCGAAUAUGCCAAGAGCGUUUAUAAAUUUGAUACCAGUGUUAGAUGUUUCUGUUAGUAUAAGAAUUAAACGUACGAUGAUGUGUAGAUUUUUGCACACUUUGUUUUGUGCUUGUUUCCACAGGGGAGGGAAUGAAAUGAACGACAUAACUAAGUUGACACAGCUGUACCAAAGAGCUGAAGAAGAAUUGAUUUUUAGUGGUCGUUAUGACACAAAAGACGAUUUCACAGUCGUUCUUCAACCAUUUAUGAAACUAUUUAAUGCACCACAAGACGAAGCGCAUAGGUAUGACGAAGUCAUCGAUAUUUCAUACAUAACGUACGACUGCUUUCAUUUUUCUCAGAAAGGUCACGCUUUAGCUGCAAAUAUGCUCUGGAACAACUUGUUAGAACCAGUGGGUCGCAAGAACAAAAAGAAACUUAAUUACGUCAUGGAAACUUUCGAGUGUCCAAAGCCGCAUGCACCAUUUUUGUUCACUAGCAAGAACUCAAGAACGUAUCUUCAGACGGGGUACCAGUGACCCUCGCGUUUAUUUCUUAGAAAUUAGUGCCAU